AUCAUCACAGGUUGAGCUGAACAUCCUUUUCCACAAGGAGGGAUCUUCAUCAUUUAUUUGUGCCAUUUUUCUGUCUCCGCUGCCGCUGCUUCUGCGGUGUAAAAACAAACAGCACGGAGGGGGUAGAAGCCAUAAGAUGAAGAAACGUUAUGUGGACGCGAGCAGACUACGGAAAAUGAAAAAACUGAAAAUAACGGAGAAGCUGUCUGAAAGUGCGUACACCUUCCUGAAGUUUAUGAUGAUGUGGACGCUGGUGCUGCUGGCAGAUUUCAUCCUUGAAUUCAGACUGGAGUACUUGUGGCCGUGCUGGCUCUUCUUUGGGAGCGUAUACACCACUUUCCACUGCCACGGGCUGGUUAUCUGUGUUGUUUUUGUUUGUGCUGCCUUCACUCUGGACAUCUUUUGUUUAAUUUUUGUUCCUUUGCACUGGCUGUUCUUUGUGGCAAGCACCUACGUAUUAUUUAAUUACAUAUGGCACACAGAGAAAGGCAUCUGUAUAUCGACGGUGUCCCUGUGGAUUCUGCUUGUGUACACAGAAGCUUCACUUCGACUCAGAGACCUUAAAACCUCUCAUGCCAAUCUGUCUCAUCUUUUUGCUGCACACUGCAUUGGAUAUCCUGUAGUGUAUCUGGGGUUUGAUGCCACCUGCUACUUCACCAACAUCUUCAAGCUGCGCAUACAGAAAGCUGUGCAGAGUGAGAAUGAUUUCCACAUGCACCUGGUGCAGCACUCGCUCCCUCCAGGCCUGCAGGUUUACCCCAAGACUGGCACAGAUGGCAGCAGCAGCUCAAAGUGGAAAAUAAAGCCUGAGUCGACUCAGUAUCAGUGUCAGAACGGCGCUGUAGUGGCCCAUGAUGAGGUGCACUCUGUGGACUGCCUCCAGAUCCGCAGUGAGGAGAAAGCGUCUGAGAAAGGAACACAGGAGGUGAGGUCAGCUGAAUCAAACCGGCGUCCGUUAUCAUCCAAACCUAGUGAGUCCAGAGAGCUGCUCCACUGUGGGGCAAGAGGACCGGAAUCCUCUCCAACCCUGGAAAAUCUACCUCAAGAUGAGCAAGGAAGCAAAGCCACACGGGCGGCUAAAAGCUCCUCGCCAAAAGCCCGCAGAGGCAGCACGAACACUCCUUCACCACCUGCAGGGAGGACUGAGAAGAAGCAGAGAUCCAGCUCAAAAACACUCAGCCCCAACCGGGACGUAACAGAGAAGAGUGCCGCAGCAGCUCAGAAUCACCACGCUGAACAGAUGACCAAGCUGGAGCAGGAACUGAGGAGGCUGAAGGGCGAGCUGCAGGUGAGCAGGCAGAGCGAGCAGGAGCUGCGAAGUCACAUCUGCAACUUGACCAACAGCGAGAGGAGCCUGAGACCAGAGGUUUCCCUGCUCAGACAGUCCAACAUGCUGCUCCAGAGCAAGAUUCUGUGUCUGACUAAAACCAAGCAGAGGGACAAACAGAGCAGUGCGAUGCUGGAGAAGAAGACCAGAUCAGAGACGGAGGCCAGACUCUCUGUUGAAAAACAGUUGGCUGAGCUUCAGGCUCAGAAACUGGAAGAAGCAGCCAGCACAGCACGGAGCCUAACGAACAGGCAGGAACACUGUGAGACCCAAAUGUUAAGGAAAAGAGUUAAAGAUCUAGAGACAGAGUACAAACAACUACAGCUGGAGUGUCAAGUGAAAGAGAGUCGUGUGGUAGAUCUAGAGAGUGAUGUUGAGGCUCUGGGAAAAUACCGCUGUGUGGAGAAAGAGACGGACAUGCUGCUGUCCACUCUGUCAGCCAUGCAGGAGAAAGCUCAACAUCUGGAGUACAACCUGAGCGCAGAGACUCGCAUCAAACUGGACCUGUUCUCGGCUCUAGGAGACGCCCGCCGACAGCUGGAAAUCGCUCAAGAUAAAGUAAUGAGGCAGGACCGGGAAAUAAAGGAGAUGAAGCAGAAGAUUGCUGAGGUGAUGGCCGUCAGUCCAGGCUUAUCCUACAUGGCUCCUCGGCCUCCGGUGCCGCAGUAUCUCACCAAGCUACUCAACUCUGAGCGUUACAUGCUGAAUCCACGAGCACUGAUGUACCAGUGUCUGAAGAAAUAAAGGAUGUCAUCAACUUUUUUUGAUCCCUCUACAUAAAACUGCAGGGGAAGGGGCUAAUGGAUUUUUAUUACAGAGCUAAAUGACACCAUGAAGUAAUCUACUUCCAGCCAUGAGUGGAACCAGAAUGAACCUCAACAAGUCAAAUGCCUUUUUGCUGCACUGAUGGUGCUACCUUUACAUUAUUAUAUUUCCUGUUUCCUCUAACAUCAAGGGUUGAAGUUUUUUUUACUCGAAAACAAUAUAUCUGAUAUGCAGAGCUGCUUUAGACACAAUUUCUAUGUAAAGAUACAGCAUAAACCAUCUAGUUGGGAUGCAACCGAGAAAAGCACAACAUUUCUUCAAAUUCAGACCCUAUAAAUUUGUCUAAAUGAAUGAUUUCUGGAUAAGUAGAUAAACAUUGUUUACAUACUGUAGCUUUAAAAGACAGAUUAACUCUGUAUUAUAUAUUUUCUGGCAUGACCGUAAAACUACACACUCAAUAUUAUUUAUAAUGUUAUCAAAAGUAUUAUACUUACAAAGUUGUAAGAUUUUAGGGACUAUAAUAACCUUUGUUUUAGUCAAGUGUCCCAGGUAGACAUGACAGUGAGCCAGCAUGCACAAUACCAGGACCCUGUAACUGAAGCAGCUAAAUGGAAUUCAG